UUCUUGCUCAUCGCAUCUCGUAAACAGAACCCAUCAAUUUUGUAACAGAACGGAAAAGAGAUACAACAAACCCUAUCUCCAUCGGAAGAAGAUCGCGGGGGGUUUUGGUACAAUGCAAUUGGAAAUUCGUGGUGAAAACGAAAAGCCGAUUCCAAAGGAAUGUUUAUUGCAGAGUGAGAAGAGGAAGAGAAGGAUGAUGGUUUGUGAAGAAUGGGGAGAGUAAAGCUCAAGAUCAAGAGGCUGGACAAUACAAAUGGCCGCCAAGCAACUUUCGCCAAAAGAAAGCACGGUAUCAUCAAGAAAGCUAAUGAGUUAUCCAUUUUAUGCGAUAUUGAUAUUAUUCUUCUCAUGUUUUCGCCGACUGGAAAACCUUCUCUCUGCUCUGGAAAGCGCAGCAUUGAAGAAGUGAUCGCUAAGUUUGCUCAACAAACUCCCCAGGAAAGAGCCAAAAGGAAAUUGGAAAGCCUUGAAGCACUGCGGAAGACUUUUAAGAAAUUGGACCACGAUGUCAACAUACAAGAUUUCCUUGGGACAAGUAGCCAAACGAUUGAGGAUUUGGCUGGCCAAGCAAAGUUCUUACGGACUCAACUUUCUGAAGUACAUCAGAGAUUAAGCUUUUGGGGUAAUCCUGAAAAGAUCAACAACGUCGAUCAUUUGGCCCAAAUGGAGGAUUCGUUGAGAGAAUCACUUAAUCAAGUUCGAGUGCACAAGGAAAAUCUACAGAAGCAUCCUCCAGUGCCACUAGAGUUCGCUAAUCAGAUGCAGGAUGGAAUGCAUCUUCCUUUCGAUAUGAGUGUUGAGCAACAGCUUCAACAACUCCAACACUACUCUUGGAUUCCCAGUGAUGCUCAAAAUAUAGUGUUACAUGAUGAUCCCAACUUCGCUCCCCAUAGGGAUGUGGAGUGCUCUGCAAGUUCCUCUUUUGCUAGUUACCCUGGUUAUUUCGGCACGGGUAGAAGUCCUGAGAUUUCGAACUCUGGACACGAGAAUGGCGUCCUCCCUGAACUAACCAGAACAGAACCUCUAAGGCCCCAGCUAGGAGGGCAAAAUUCCUACAUGUCUUAUAAUGUCAACUUUUUUAAUGACCCGAGAUUUCAACCAGCAGCAGAGAUGAAACUACCAGUAAAUCCUGUAGAUUAUCGUGUUAAUGGGAACUACGACACCGCCCAACUCAAUUGGGCUUCUUCUUCUGGCCCUUGUGCUGUUUCAUUGCUAGACGAUCACUUAUUUCCAUAAUUAUAGCAAUGGUGGAAAAGUUGAUUGUGGAGGUGUCAUAGAAUACAGGAAGAAGAAGCCUAGCCUAAUAUACACACAAUUUCAGAACUACAACCCUCUCGAGGCUGUCACCAGGCGGGCGAAGGAGGAGGCUCGGUGCUUACUCUCUCCAUGAAAUGAUCUUUCAAGGAGUUGUUUUUUGCUUUAUCCUUGUCUAUCUUUUUGGCAGCUAAGGUACUGUCUUUCAUUUGCUCCCGCUGACAUGGAGCUGUAAAUAAACAUAGCAACAUCAUAGCAUACAAGUUAUAGUUAAAUGUCUUCUUCAGCUCUCCAGUUAGCUGAAACAAAUCCAAAAUGUUUAGUAACUUAUCCGUCCUAUGUGAUGAAGGCCAUCAAUAAGCAAAACAUUUUUUGAUUUCGUUUC